UGUAGAAGACUAGAAGUCCGAGUGAAACUAAAAAUAUAAAUAGACAUACAACAGUAGUUAAGAGUCAGAAUCAGAUCUAGGGUCAUCUGCACUGGGAAAGCCCCAAAUAUUCAAACGAUGUCAGAGUUUCGUCGUCUUCCUCCUGUCUCCCCCACCGACUGGUACUCAGACGACCGUCCUCCGGCAAGCGACUCAGACCGCUUGAUUGGCGCUGCGAUCAUGGCGAGCUUGCUCAUCGGGAUCCUCGCCAUCUGGUUGGCGUACGACUACAAGUUGGAUCGCGCCUUCAGUCCUGAAUUACCCUGUUUCCAGAUUCAUUCGGCUUCGGUGUCUGGACUGAGCGCCACCGAGUUAAUUACCUGGUGGAACAUCACCCUCCUCACCACAAACCCUAACCGCAACAUGGGCGUCGACUAUCGCUACAUACUCCCCUCCAUCUAUUAUGGAGACCGGAAGGAUUAUUUCAACAGCCCAGGCUGGUUUAAGAACAAUCAGAUUGUGGCAACCAAAAAGUUGUCUCGCUCAUUCUUCUUGGACAAGGGAGGGAACCAAACCUCCCUUGUCAAUUUCAAUCUAGUCGCAGUAUUGAGUGAGGACGUCGACUAUGAGUUGGCUGAGCAAAUCUCAGAGGAGCUGGCUCUUCGUGGCUCAGUCAAACUUGGGCUCUAUAUCCGGCUUGAGUUUGGUUAUAGAACUGAGGAGAAUUAUUUGCACUUCAGGGGGCCCAUGCAAUGUAGCUUCUUCUGUAAUCAGGUCGAAUUCGUGUUUGCCCCGACUAACAAUGGCACUGGGAUUUUCACAGGUCACUCAAGGGAAUGCACACUUGCUUAGUCAUUUGAUUGCUACUUCUUUCUUUCUAGAGUGAAUGAAUAUGUUUGUCUUCUUUUAACAUUAAUAAUUGAGUCCAGUUGCAUGCACCUCUUUCUUGUAUGAUUUUUUUUUUCCUACACUCUUCUCAGCUCUUCGUUCUUUGUUUGCUAUUAUGUUGGAUUUUCAAUUAGAUAUUCCAGAUAUGCGGGAGGGUUGAUUGUUAGAUUCAUUAACUAGUUGGUUAUUCAUUAAGAAGACAGAGUGGGUAAGAGAUGGUAAAGGUUCAUUAUUCAGUUCCUGAAGAUUUUAUCAAAGUUUAAACUACUCUGCAUAGUCUUCAACUCUGCAUUACAUACAUGAACUGAUGGUUUUUAUGUACCUAAUUAAUUUGCUUAAUUCCUAUAUUGUGUAACCUUACCUAUCCUCUUGAUUUUCUGACUGCCCUUCCAGUUUGUUGUUUUUGCUAAACCUUUUCUUCCUUUCUGUUAUUCGUAUUAACAGCUACUCUAGGAGUAAUGUUUUUAUGGGUGCUAACGAUUUAUUAACUAUCUUUGUAGCUCUUGUAUUUCUAUUAUUAGUCAUUGCCUCUUGUAUUUACUGCUAGCUGGAACAUCAUUCUUGAACAGUAUCUGUGCCACAAGCCCUUUUUAUUUAUUAUUAUUUUUUUUUUUCAGAAUGGUGGGUGUGUUUUUUUUUUUUCCUAAACCUCAAUAAUUGGUUGUACUACUAAUAGUCCUGCUAGUGAUUAAAUUGCCCCAGGAUUAGGCUGGAAUAGAUCUCAUGUGCUAUGGAUCCUAGCUCAGGUGUUGAACCUCAUGUUUAGAUGGGAAGAAAAUCGGGAUUGAUGCAUCCUCAAGUUGUGGAAACGUGAACUGGUAAAUGGGUCACUCAAAACUGGUGUCACCUAAUCUAAGCAGAUAUAAGAACUGUAGUUAUUUCAAGAUGCACGAGUCAUCUUGUAGGAAACAUAAGAGAAAAGUAUGAAAAAUCUGAGUCGGAAUUUGAGCAAGAAAAUUACAGAUUUUGAGGAGAAGCCAGCUUUGUUGCUGAUACUUUGGCAAGCUUGGGGCAUUCUCCUAUUGGGGUACGUCUGGGGUCAUGCGUUAUCUCUACCUGCCAGUUCUGCUUUCAUUUACAUCAGCAAAGGUUGCCUGUUCUUGGGGUUUUUGAGUUCUAAUCUAUUGCCUGUAAUUCUUUCUAGUAUCAUCAAAAGUUCAUCAAUAAAUUUGACUUUCUAUUGUCAAAAUUUUAGAUAAGAUGGUCUAGAAGUAUGAUGUGACUAGAUCACAUAGAUGUUCUUAUUUGCCAAAAAUGGUUGUUGUAGCUAGGCAUGAUCUUAACCUUUGUAAUGGACGUAGUCAAAGAACAGUUUUUGUCUACCUAUUUGUUUGAACUGAUUUUCAUGAACCUUUCUAAAAAUAAUGAUUAAUUGCUGA